CGUGACAUACAAUUAUUUCUUUUUUGUUACAAAAAUUUAAACACUCAGGUAUAUCAUAAAAUUCGCAAAUAUUUUGAAAAGAAUAAAAAUUUAUUUAAAAUGCAUUUUAUAGUAAAGCAAACCGGUUGCGGUAGCGAACGUAUUGGUCACUUAACCGAAUUUUCAAAGAGUCCCGGAGCUGUAUUGGAAACUCCAACAACCGCACUUUUUACACAGGGCGGAAGUGUCGUUCAUUUAACAGCAGAUGUGCUAUCAUGGGUGUUUAGUAGCCCUCAACUUUUAUGGGUACCUCUUUCAAAUUCAAUACAAUUAGAGACUGGAGUGAAAGAACAAAAUGAUGGAGUAGCAAAGUUUGCUGGUUUGUCAGGACAUCCAACUUGUGUAACAUUGAACAACUUGUCUGAAGUAACUCCCAAUGGCCAUUUUGAACCCAAUAAAGUACCAUUAUGGACGAAGAAUGGAAAGAAGAUGAUAUCUUCUAAUAGAUAUAUGGAUGUAAUGGAGGUAUUCAAACCAGACAUAAUUUUGGCGAUUGCAGAUGGUCGGACAUCUCUCGCUGAAGGGAAUAAGAGGGUGUCUAAAGCAGUCGACAGAACUAACCAAAUGCUCAAAGAAUGUGUAGAUCGAUAUAAAGCUUCAAAGGAUCUUCAAAAUAGCAUGCUUGUAGGUGUAGUUGUUGGUGCACCCAAUUCAAGGAAAUUUGAUGAAUCAAUACAAAAUAUUUUAAAUCAUGCGGACACUUUGAGUGGAAUUGCUCUUGAAGGUAUCACAGAUGGAACAGUGGAGUCUAUGGACGUUGAUAUAGAAAAGUUGAAUAAAGUAUUUGAAAAAAUUAGUAAUAAAAUACCUAAAGAUUUUGUCCGCAUCAUAGAAGGAUCUUGGAACCCAGUUGUAAUAUUAUCUGCUAUCGAACAUGGAUGGGACAUCUUUGACGGUUCAUAUCCAGUAAAGCUGACAUAUGCUGGUUUUGCCUUGAAAAUAAACUUUGAUAUUACUAAAGAGAAUGACACAAUGUGCUUAUUGCACAUGAUUGACGAGAAGUAUAAAGAAGACUUUACACCUAUUCUUGAAGGAUGUGAAUGCCUAGCGUGCAAGAAGCACACACGUGCGUACAUUCGCCAUUUGUUUAACACACGUGAAAUGUUGGCUUCUGUGUUACUGAGCAUACACAAUCUUCAUCAUUUCGAUCAAAUGUUCUACCAUGCUCGUCAACACAUCGCCUCAAAAACAUUUGCCUCAUUCAAGGAACACGUCACAAAACAGUAUGAGACGUUUAAAGCAUUUAUAGCAGAUCGAAAUAAAGGUUUAAACGCUUCUUUAGAUAAUCCGACUUUACAGAAAAAUAAGAAAAUCCGUGUAAGUGAUGGCGUCAGUAGCAAUGUAGAUUUUAAUAAUAGUACUUAAAUAGUUGUGAUAAUACCGCCUAUUAUAUUUUGUUUUCGUAGAUAGAAACUGCUUUUAAAACUAUCAUUAAUUGUAAUAUGUAAGUAAAUAAGUCUUGUUCCUAUCUAGCUUCAACUGAGGUUGCAUACGUUUAUAGGCUAUGGUAAUCGCUUGCCAUCAGAUGAACUGUAUGCUUGUUUGUCGACCUAGUUGUAUGAAACAUAAGUUUUUAUCAAAACAACUCGUGUUUAAUGUAGGAACAGGGCUUUCUUAGGUUAAGUAGUUAAUUUAUAUUAGAGACAAAAUAGGUAGGACCAAUUUUGUUAUGCGUAAUUAAAAUUAGUCUUUGGAAUGGUCACAUAGCAUAUUUUUUGAGUUUUUCAACUACUACUUCAUUUGUGUAUUAUGUAACACGAAAUAUAAAUCUGUAUUAAUUGGAAAAAAAUAUGACAGCUUUAGAUAUCGUUACAAAGAUCGUUUUGAAAUAAAGUUUGACAUCUAAAUAACAAACUAAAAGUUCGUAUAUAGAUUAAUUUUUACGAGUGAUUAUUAUUUACUUGCCUUUU